AUGUCAGCGCCUCAAGGGCCACGUUCCAGGAGUGGUAGUAGAGGACGUGGAAAUGCACGGCCAGGCGUUAGAUCAAGAGCAGCUGCUCAUGGGGGAAGAGAAAGGCAGCCUCUUAAGGGGGCGCCUACCAAUGCGACAACAGACCGCCAAUCCUCCCAUCAUCUCAAACCACCUCCCAAUCAGGAUCUCCACCACAACAACUCAUGGACGAACUCGUCUUCCCUCUCCACGGCGUUCCAGAGUCACGCAGGCAGAAUGUCGAACCCGUCGAGCCAGACUUGGCGCAACCCAGCCGUGGAAGAUAGCCGGACCUACAAGCAGCGCAUGAGCGAUCUCUAUCAGACGCUCAAACAAAAUCGAGAACAAGAACGGAAAGAUGCAAUCAAAGAUGGCUUUCUCGCGGACCCGGACAAGCCAACUUCGCUGGCCCAUGCCAUCACACCAGUAGGGACUUGCCAAGAUAUGUGCCCUGAAUAUGAGCGUGUCGAGAGGAUUGUACAACUCAUGGUCGAUGGAAGCGAGAAGAUAUCACCGUCGUCGGAUUCGGACACCAUGGUGCCCUCCGAAGAGAUUAUGGUCAAGAGGUUUCGACGAUCUGCAGCUGGCUACGACGAGCAACUUCCAUCUGAUAUUAGACCCCCAGCUGUUCUCCAAAAGACUUUAGAUUAUCUCAUCAACGAUGUCAUUGGUGGACCAGAGUCUCUUCACAAAGUGCACAAAUUCGUAUGGGACCGUACGCGAGGCAUCCGGAACGACUUCUCCAUCCAACAAGUCACAAAGGUAGACGACUUACGAAUUGCUAUUGAUUGCUUUGAGCGCAUCGCACGCUUCCACAUUCUGUCCUUACACCAGCUGUCAAAAUCUUCGGGCACUGGCUUCGACCAUCACCAAGAACGCGAGCAGCUGAACAACACCCUGCUCUCUCUAAUGUAUUACUACGAUGACAGUCGGCACAAGUUAACCUCGCUCAAUGAAGCCGAAUUCCGGGCCUACUGCAUCAUCUUUGAGAUCCAAGACCAACGACCAGACUUGGAGGACCGCGCACAGAAUUUGCCAAGACCUAUACUUAAGGAUCCACGGGUUCAGAUCGCGCUCAAGCUGUAUGCUGCGGCUGGGAAUACGUCAGACGAACAAGGACCCUUACGGCCGCGUACUCUAUUCCUAACCGCGCAAGCAAAUACCGGAGGCUUCUGGAAGUUGGUGCAGUCGAACGCGGUUUCCUACAUGAUGGCAUGCGUUGCAGAGAUAUACUUUGGGCUUGUGCGAAGAACAGCACUGCAAGCUAUCUCGAAGGCGUACAGGGCAAAACGACUUGGUCAAACGAGAAUGGAUGACUGGACACUAGAAGAUCUGGCGGAAGCUCUCGGUUUUGAUGAUGAGAGUGAGACGCACAAGUACUUCAGGUUCAACAACGUUGUUAUACACAAGAAAGAGGAUGGUACUGAGUUCAUAGAUGUUGGAUCAGUGAUGGACGAUAUAGGUGACGAUGCUUGGGAGAGUCACAAAUUCUCCAUAAGAUUGGUGGAAUCAAAACGGCUCGGUCGAAACUUACCAGCCGUGAUCAACGGAUUAAGUGCUGCUCAAGCACAAUCGCAAGGAUUCAUUGAAGUAGCCUCAGAUGCCGAUACUGCUUCUAUGGCGAAUAGCGAAUCUCUUUUCGUUGGCGAGUCCGAUGAUGAAAGCACAUCAUCCCAGUCGAGAUCUGGAAGUCCGCAGAAGAUUCGAGAUGUCAAUGGCAAGGCUCCUCAGCUCAACGCUACAGCAACGCCUUUCGAUCCGAAAUCAACCGGAUCCGCAGCUCCUGCCCAGUCGAACCCCUUUUCAGCCGCGGCAACUUUUGGCAAGCCUAGCAGGCCGCAGAUCCAGUCCAACUCGACACCUGUUUUCGAUUUCAACUCCAACCCUACUAAUCAAGCAGCUCAUAAUCCUUUCGAGAGCAAAGAACCCCCUAAAUUCAAAUUUCCCCCAAAUGCAGACACGAUCAAAGCCGGGGAGUCCAAAGGCACCCCUGGUAUUUUGGGCAGCAAAGAAACCCCAAAAUUCAAUUUCUUUCCCUCACAGUCGGCUCCCAAGACAGAAGGAAACAGCAACAGCUCUGUGCUUUCACCAUUUGCUCCACCCGUGGAAAAGAAAACCACCUUUGGUCAACCCUCAGCCAAAUUUCCUGCUACGACGACCCCAGAACCAACGAAGGCCGUCGCCGAAAAAGCACCAACCUCAAAUGAAGCAGCUGUACCUCCGAAACCAAAUGGUAUUUUUGAUCAACCAGCAGCCUCGUCAGCUUCCCCUGUCUUUUCGUUUGGAACCUCUCCAUUGUUCGAAUCAGCCGGAAUAGAGCCAAAGGCCCACGAUAGCAAGGCCAACCCGUUUCCAACCUUGGAAGAAAAGACUCCCAACAUUUCGGCUCCACAGCAGAAAGAUGCGGCAAUCAAGCUUCCGACUUCUACGACUCUACUGGCCCCCAAAUCAACUCCUUUCGAUCUAUUCCCACCGUCAGAUUUACUCACCAAAGAGACAAAUCUCCCUCCAGCAGCACCUCUCAAAUUUCCUCCAUCCAACGAUACUCUGCUGCUAACGCCAGAAUCUCAAUCCAAUUUGAGGUCUUCGCAACCCUCCUCAAUCUUUCCUUCAUAUACCGCUCCUACCUUUCAGUCGCCUCUUUCUUCGUCCUCCACCAGACCUUUCGCAGAAAUCCAAAGGCCGACCUCAGUAUCAGAGCCUACCACUUCGAGUUCACGAGCUUUCCCCGGCUCGACAUUGAUUAAGUCUUCAGGAUCUCAACCUAGCCAGAAAAAAUCAACUUCCGCCCCUUCGCGACUAGAUCCAAGAUCUGUAGCUUUAAACAAGCUCUCCAGAAAUAUGCUGCUUGAAGAUAAUGGAAUCAUACAGCAUUUCAUUGAAUUCACUGUCGGACCUAUCAUCAAGGCCUCGAUUACUCAAUUCGACGACGAAUCGUCUUGGAAGGAAUCAAGGGAAUGUCGUGCUAUCUUGUUGGCCAAGAAGUUUUUUAAGAGGUGGAAAGCCAAUGCCUGGAAUAUGAGUCUCAUGCGCAAAGCCAAACAACGAAGAAGGGAUUUUGCGAAGUCGAUCCAGAAUUCCGUCAAGGCCGAGCGCCAAAAGCACAAUGAUCGUAAUUCUUCACUCUCCUCGCUCGCAUCGAGUAUGGGAGGCUCAAAAAGCCCAAUUGGGCACCAAAGUCACCCUGGAAACAUGAUGCCACCGCCCCUGACUCCGCUGCAGAAGCGACAGAGCUUACCUGCAGAUUUCGACAAUGAGCAAAGCCAACUAGAGAACUCCACAGGGACAAAACGCAAACGAGAAGACCCCACUAGAAGCGUUGAUCAAGGCACUCCAAGGCGUACGAAAAUUCAUCACAAGAGAUCCCGCACUAUUGGGGACCCGACCAUGUCUGCUCCUCCACAUCCUAUGACACGUCCGCCUUACAAGUCCCGAAUGGAUGUCUCGAAGAUAAAGGAUAGGUCGCUUCUCAGCGACAUACUCAUGAAGCAAGCCCGUCGCCUAGCUCCCAAGGCUAGAUCAGACACAACACGUACAGACUAUUUCCAGCUCAAGGCUCUUGGCAUCGAUCCAGACACUCCCGUUAUACCGUCAACGAAGAAGCGAACGAGGGGUAAGAUGGAAAUUGAUGAAGUCGAUCGCUCGAUGGAGACAACUUUAUUAAGCCCUCCUCCCAGCUAUGGCACGCGACUAUCCGUCUCUCAACCAGAUACACAGAAUCAGCCCAGUUCAAGUAGAGUUUCAAGAUCAGUGGAUGAUGACGACGAAGAGCUCUUUGCGCAGAUACGUUCUGUCCGCGAAGCAUUGGCAGAGUCAGAGCAAUGGUGUAGAUCCGAACGACAAAGUAUCGAGAAGAGUAUGACACCUCAACCCGAAAAUUUCCCGCCUAACAACGAGACAACGGCACAGCGUAAACUCAGGGAAAUUAGGGAACGAGGGACGACACCUUCGAGAACGGAGCUUAGGUUGAGAGCUAUGGGCGACAAAGCCCUUCUGCCGAAGGGCUUUUGGGAUGGCGAAGGGAUGGGGAUGAGUUUGGUAGGGAAGGGGAAGCAGAAGGAAGUGGCUACGCCUCUUCCAUCAAGUCAACAGCGAGAGCAGGUCGGAACGGCGCCAAGGGGAUUCGCAGCCUUGGAGAGGCAAACGCAGAUGAAUGGGUUCAUGAGUGGUCCAUCUCGACCUGCACAUCAUCUGAAACAGCAAGCGGCAGAGGCGCAGAAGCAGGCGGGCUCGAGUGCGGAGGAUGCGAUUGAGCUUUGA